CCAGGCGGCCUCAGCGGUGAGCAACGCAGCAAUGGCCAAGAUUAAGGCUCGGGACCUGCGCGGCAAGAAGAAGGAGGAGCUGCUAAAACAACUGGACGACUUGAAGGUGGAACUGUCCCAGCUUCGCGUCGCCAAGGUGACAGGUGGCGCCGCGUCCAAGCUCUCCAAGAUACGAGUUGUCCGCAAAUCCAUCGCCCGUGUUCUCACCGUCAUUAACCAGACUCAGAAGGAAAACCUCAGGAAAUUCUACAAGGGCAAGAAGUACAAGCCUCUGGACCUGCGACCCAAGAAAACUAGAGCCAUGCGCCGCUGGCUCACCAAGCACGAGGAGAAGCUGAAGACAAAGAAGCAGCAGCGGAAGGAGAGGCUGUACCCGCUGCGCAAGUAUGCGGUCAAGGCCUAAUGGAAGGGCAAUAAAGUGCAAGACUGGCAA